AAUUUCAGUUCAGUUUUAGUAGCGAAGCGGAGACGUUCUGCUGGAACAAGUUUUUUUUAACAAAAUUUGACGUGGACUCUCUCGCUCUGUGGAUUUUUGGCUGUUUUCCCGCCCAACAAAAAAAGCAAAGUUCUGUUUCUGGAAAUUAUAAAAUAUUAAAUACUAGGCUAACGUCCAAAAAUAAAAAAAUAAUUAAUACAAGCAAAUCACAAACAGUUCGCUAAACACAAACCACUGUUACAAAUCUGUUAAAAUGUCACACGGGAAUAACCAUAGUGCUAAAUCCAGAGAAUAAUCGCAAAGAAAGUCCUAUUAAACCGAGGAAAUUCGUGCAAAACCAAACUACAGUGAAAAACAAUUAACUUAACAAGCAAAUCAAAGAAAAAAUAAUAACCAAAAACAACAAACUAAAUAAUAAUAAUAAUACUAGAGGAAAAUCGGAAUAUAUUCUCCCUGGCGAAGAAAAAGAUUCCAAGAAUUGCAACGUUAAAAGCCCGCGAAGAAGAAAAGGCAAACGAAUUUUUUUUGGUGUCCCUUUUUUUGGUGUUUUUGACUACUUUUAUUUGUUUGACGCAAAAAGUGCGCAACAACACUUGUGAGACUUGCGAAUAAGGAGAGAUAAAGCGCGAAAGAGGAGAAUCAGCAAACGUCGUGCGGCAGCAGAAGAAACUUAACCAAAUUGGAUUACAUUUACAUUUAAUUGAAUAGAACACACACAUCCUCAAAAACAUACACCGACAACUGGAUACCAACACUAACGCAGUCGAACCGUCUAAGUAACGGGACUUCGUCUACAAAAAGGAAAAGCUGUUGAAAAAGACAGCGCCAAUAACUCAGGAAGUAAGAUUUAGACAUACAGAUUAAAAACGGCCGCACUGGCUCUAUUCCCGAUGGAGGACUUAACCACAAUGAACUUUGAAUAUGACCAUGAAAACUUGAGCUUAGACGAUUAUCUGUUUUUUGAUGGGAUGAUACCCAGCAUCCAUGGCGAUUGUUUAAAGGAAAAUGAUCCCUACGGCGAGGGCUUAAACUGCUGGGAGGAGGAUCUGAAGCCGGAGAUCCGCAAUGCAGACCUCAUGUGGUCGGCGACGGCUGGCUGCAACAAUGCCACAAACAUCAGCACGAAUGGCAACAACAGUGCUGCCUCGUCGUACAGUGAAACCAGCGCCAUGGCCUUUGCCGAAGUCUCUGGCUCAACGAAUCCCUACUCUACUUACCAGCGCCAGCAGAGCCAGACACAGCAAGGACAGACGCAGCAGCAACAGGAGAGCACCGACGAUCAGUUCCCGGUGGUCAUUAAGCAGGAGCAGGUGGAUAUGGACUACGUCUAUGCCGAGAAGCGUCGCCGCCUCAGCGGUGGCAGCGACAAGAAGUCCCAGUCCGAGGCCCAAAACGAAGACCAAUUGAUACCGCCGGGCGGUAGUCUAUUGCGCAAACGUAAUCCCCCAAUGAUGACCAGUCUCUCCUCCACCCGCAAGGUGAGCGAGUUGAAGAACAGAAAAAUUCAGAGACCAGACACUCCACACAGCCUGAACGACGAGGUGGCUGCCCCGGAGUUCCGGCAUAACGUUGAUUUGCGAGCCUGCGUGAUGGGUAGCAACAACAUCUCGCUGACCAGCGAUGUGGAUGUGAGCAGCAUUAGCCAGAUCAAUGGCUAUCUGCAAAAUGCCGCCAAGGGUCUGUUCCCAGCCCGUUUUCCCAUUAACGAUAUGAACGAUGUCCUGGAUGUUCUCAAUCAGGAGGUUCAGUCCCAAUCCAAGCAGACCCAACAACAGCAGCAGCAACAGGCGGCCAUCGAUAAGGGGGUCAGUACAGUGGCCUCUCCGCCAACCACCAGCUCCGACUGUGACUCCGAUGACGGUGAAUCAAAUCACUACGCCCGGUUGCGGCGCAACCAAAGCAGCAAAAUCAUCAACAACAGCUACAGCAUGAUGCUGCACAGUGAUCACAGCUACACGCGCUGCAACGAAAUGGUUGAUGAUGGACCCAAUAUUGAGACGCCCUCCGAUUCCGAUGAGGAAAUCGAUGUGGUAUCCUACACGGACAAGAAGCUGCCCAACAAUCCCUCGUGCCAGAUAAUGGGAGCUUUGCAGACCAAAAUGGCCCAUAAGAUAUCCGUGGACCAGAAGAAGCCCCGCUACGGCAACUACAAUCUGCCGUAUACGCCGGCUAGCAGUAGUCCGGUGAAGUCGGUGGCCAAUUCGCGUUACCCGUCGCCGUCAAGCACACCGUAUCAGAACUGCUCCUCCGCCUCGCAAUCGUACUCGCCGCUGAGCGUUGAGUCCUCGAGUUCAAGUAGUUCUAGCUCUAGCACGAGCUCGAUAUCCUCGGGUUUGGUGGCCAACACCACCCAGAAGGGGCGUAAGCACUAUUACCUGAAUGUGGCCUCCGAUGGCAUUGGAUCGCGCCGUAUCAUGCAGUCGUCAUCGUCGAUGUUAAGCAAAAAGUGUCGCGGCAAGAAGGCGUCAUCAGGAGCAGCGGCGGCGGUAAGGGCAGCAACAGCGGCCAAUAUCAGCAGCAGCAGCAGUUCCUCGUCAUGCUCCGGAUCGAUAUCGCCGGUGGCCCAGUCCCAGCAGCAGUCGUCCUCCCUGGCAACCCACAACUGGCAGCGCCAGAGCAGCUCCACUUCGAGCUCGGGCCUGGCCAACAGCGGGCGAAAUAAUAACCAGUUCAGUUUGGACGAGGCCGAUACGAUCGAGAAGCGUAAUCAGCACAACGAUAUGGAGCGCCAGCGUCGCAUCGGUCUUAAGAACCUGUUCGAGGCGCUCAAGAAGCAGAUACCCACCAUUCGGGACAAGGAGCGUGCGCCCAAGGUGAAUAUAUUGCGCGAGGCGGCCAAGCUCUGUGAGCAGCUGACCCGCGAGGAGCAGGAGCUCAGCCUGCAGCGCCAGAUGCUGAAAGAGAAGCUCAAGCAGCAGCAGGAGCUCCUGGCCAGAUUCCGUUUGGCCAAGAGCGAGCCGCUUGAGGCUAACAGCGGAUAGUAGUGAUGAUAAUGUAGUAAUGAUGAUGACCCCAUAGAGCGGCGGCGUUAGGUCGUAACUUUUGAUUUACAGAUUUCCUUAUCAUUUUUUUAUUUUUUUUAUUUCGAUUUUCAGUGCGAUCCAAAGAGAUUGCAUCUAUUUUUGACCUUGACCUUAAACGUAAAAAGGUUUUUUUUUUUUUUGUUGUGGAACUUCAAUAUCAGUUAUAGGUAGCCUAUAUAUAUAUAUAUAUAAUAUGUUUAAUACCUUUUUUCGGGCUUGCUUUUUUAAUGUUGGUGAUUUAACAACAAAUUUGAUUUCUUUAAUGUGAUAUAUAUAUGAUUUUCUUCUUAACCUGCGAUUCGAUUUCGAAGAAGAGUAUGAACGGAUUAGAAAGGGAGAAACGCUGAUCGGGAAAACUGCGUUUCCCUUCAUUAUAUAAUUUUUUUUUAUAUGGAAUCACGUUGAAGUGUCUUUUUUUCGUCGCUGCUAUAAUUACUACAUACAAGAAUUAGGCCUUAGAAUUUAGCUGUAAAUUAGGUUUCUGUAUAUAACAUAUAUAUAUAUUUUAAUAUCUUAUAGGGUUUAGCUAUUAUUUUUUUUUUGAUAUAUUAAAUUAGCUACUUAACCAUGAAGUAAACAAAAUGGAAAACAAAAAACGAAGGAAAACUACAAAAACAAAACAAAAAACAAGGACAAAGAACCAAAACAAUGAAAAGAUAGAAGCACGAAAUGAAAGGAAAAGCAGAGCAAAAACGGGAAUAGACACAAAUAUAUAAAAUAUAUACACGUAUAUAAACAAAAAGAAAAACAAAGAAAAACGGAUACGGAAAACAGACAAAAGUUACAACGAAAGAGCCACAAAGAGGAGUUUAGAGAGCGAGAGAGAGAGAGAGAGAGAGAGCGAGAGAGAGGAGCACACAGAUCGGAAGUAGUGAGAACGAAUUGAGAU